CUGUUCACACCCUCUGACACAGUUUUGCAGUGAUCCACAUUCUGGAUCAUCUGGACCCUGCUCUUAAAGACACUGCAGGUUCUGGUUGAGGUGGAUCCUAGUCCUGAUCAUGUGGGGUACUUUGAGGUCCAGCAAGACUCAGCAGAACGGUGGAGCAGGAGAAGAGAGGAGGAAACAGCUGAAACUGAAGAACCCUGCAAAGAUCUGGAAGAAGCUCAGACAACAGAACCACACCGACACUGCAGAGGAUGAGUGUGACAAGGUUCUGCAGCAGCAACAGGAGGAGAAGGAGGAGCAGCUGGAGGAGGUCAGCAGGGGGCUGAUCAUCAGGGAGGAGCAGCUGUUCAGUCAGGACACCCCCAGCGAGGAGGAGGAGGACCAGCUUCAGAGAGACUUUGAGGCUCUCAGACUGAAGAUAUGGAUGGCUAUUGACAACACCUUCACCUCCUCAUCUUCCUCCUUGGAGCACCUGGAGGUCCUGAGAAGUGCUGUGGUCUCUAUCCAGCAGCAGGAGGAGCAGGACCGGCUGUGGGUGGGGCGUCUGGAGAACAGAGUCCCGGUGUGGCGUCCUCAGAAGUGUCUGAGCAUUCACAACAGUCUGCUGCAGAACAUGGUGCAGUCCAGACUGAGGAAGGGCUCAGAGGAGGAACCAAGUGGAACCGACGGACUGUCUUCACCUGUGAAAAAGGAGGUGUGUGGAAUUGGGAAGCGUGUGAAGGAGGACCUGCUGACGGUGGUGAGGACCGUGAAGGCCUGCUACCCUCCACAGGUGGACAUCCUGAACCUGUAUGCUGGACUGUACCAUCAGUGCUUCUCUGUCCGAAUGAGGGAACUCGCUGAUUCUGGUCUUGACAUUGAGGACUGCAGCUACCUGCUGUUCUGGGUCAACCAGUACUACCCACAUGAAAUAUUGAACCAUGAAGAGCUGGAGGGAAAGAUAAAGACGGCCUGUCUGGGUUCUCUGCUGCUGCAGGACCAUCUAAACCGCCUGGAGGACCAGUACCUGACCCACAAAGAGGACCAAAUGAAACUGUGGCUGAACACCGCUCUGAAGAAAGAGGAGGAGAGCUGGCUGAGCGGCAGCACACCUGAAGUCAUCGACCAAUACCUCUUCAGCCCGCUAGCUAUAGACGUCAUACAGGUGAUAGAUGGCUCCCUGACUGAGUUCAGCUGUGUGAUCGGAGACCAGAAGAAAGCUGAGAGGAUCACAGCUCACCUGGAGAGCUUCCUCUGCAGCUAUAAGAAGAGUUUGGAGAAUUUUGUGAAGGGUAACCAUGGUAACAUCCGUUCAGUGGUCAAAGCUCACCUGGUCUGUGAGCAGCAGCUCAGGGAUUACAUCACUGCUCAAACAGGAAGUCUGAUGGAGCAGCAGAGACAUCGCUGCCUGGAUGCUCUGACUUCCCUGAGGGAUUGUGGGUACAGGUGUUUCACCUGUCCCAUUCACAGCCAACUGAAGGUGUGUCUCACUCAGCUGUGGACGUCUGUCUGGUUGGACGGGUCACUUCCUGUCGUUGAUUCUUUGCUGGGCUCUCUGAACCAACACCUGAGAGACCUGGUUGACCUGAAACCAGCCUGCAGACAGUCUCUGCUGUGCGUCCUCCAUCAGGAUGUGGUUAUUCAGUAUGUGAAGAGGAUGAUGAAGACCAGGAUGAAGAGCAGAGAGCAGCAGGUGGGAGGAGCUAAGAGGAUGAUUGAAGAUGCCCGAAAAAUCAACGGCUUCUUCAGCGAGGGGGGCUGCAGCGAGUCUUUGUGGCUCGGGGAGAUCCUCUGCAGUCUGGCUGAGAUCCUCCGUCUGCAGGAUCCUGGAAGUGUUCAGCUGGAGAUGGUCAGCAUGGCCAGAAAGUUCAGUGACCUCAGUGACGCUCACGUGUCAGCGCUGCUCUCUCUGAAAACCGGCCUAUCAGCAGGCGACAUUCGCUCCAUCAAACGCAGCGUGGGGGAGAACCGCCUCCUCGGAGGCUCCACCAAUCACAGCCCUCCGUUCUUCUCCAAGGUCAAAGUCAAAUGGAUCAGUAAGUUUAGCCAACAGUGUUAGUGAGUCAGCACGUCAGCAUGUUAGUGGUCAGUACAGUAUUUUAUGUGUAUUAUAUGUUGAAAGCCGUUGCCAUGGUUACAGUCAGUGACUGAGGGGUCGAUCACACAGAAACACAGUGAAACCGCCGUUUUCCUGCGGCCAAUCACAUUAAGCAAAAGGCGGGCUUUACUCUUUAUCACUUCCAUCCUGUUUUGAUGCUGUUUACUAUGCUGGUAAAUAGGUUAGCUAGUGAGCAGGACGUAGUGGAGGGCAAACUCCGUUAUCUACUCUUUGAAUGAAGUUCUAGAGCUCGACGUCUGCGUCAAUGCGCUUUAUUUUGUCCCGGUUAUUAUUGAUCACCCGGUUGCACGUGCAGCCUCUCUCCCCGACGCUCUUUGCCCAGAUGUUUCUGAAGCUGCGGCGGCUGUUAGUGUCUCUGUGUGAUCGUUCAGGCUGCGUCUGAAGUCAGUGGGUGCGUGAGAUCAUCAGAGUAUUCGUGGUGAUGGCGCUCUGAAGCGUCACACAGUUCCUGAAGUAAACACAGCAUUUAAUCAUCAGAACAGCUGUCACACAGUCACUGAGGGUGCAGUGCAUGUUUCUACACCCUCGUAGACCUGGACCUGGUCUCAUUGAUUGGGAUCGGCUAUAUUGAGCUUUAUUUUGUUUUACGUCAGCUGUCAGGCACAGUGCAGCCAUCGUCAGCUGUCUCCACUGUCUCUGUCCUCCACUCUGAGUCUGUGUGUGUGUGUGUGUGUGAAGCACUUUUUGGCUCCAAGCAGCUGUUUUUUCUGAUAACACAAUAACAAUAUCAGGUCUCUGACAGCCAAUGCCACAGUAACAAGGCAAGUUUAUUUGGCAAGCAGCCAUAUUUCAACUCCCAGUGGGCUGAUUUUGAUUCUAAAAUGCAGGUCCUACUCAUCAUACCAAUAACCGCAUAAUGAAUCAAAAUCAGCCCACUGGGGGUUGAAAUAUAGACACUUCUUGUUUAAAUGUCAGAAAUGGAUUCAGUGUCCUCAUUAAUCUCCAAAACCUCCUUUAUUGUCCCAAUCAUCCAAUCAGCUGCUGAGAUAUUGUCCAUAUAGCUGAUUAUUAAUGCUAAUGAUGCUAAUUGUCAAACAUAUUUAGCCUCUGUCAGUCUCUAAAUGCUGAAGACCCUGACGUUUAUUAAACUUUAGUACUUGACGCUUCCUGGCGUUGGUGGUCAGUAGAUUAUUAUCUCAGUGAUGGAAAUUGAAAACUUGAAUGGUGUGAAUGUUAAUGAAAGAUUAAAAUCAGAUUUGCUGCAGUUUGUGAGUUAAAUGUUGCACCUGCUGACCGAUUUCUGAUUAAAGUAGUAUAAUAAUAAAUAACAUAAUAAUUCAAUGUAGCAGUGAUGAUGUCGGUACAUACAGUAGUGUUGGAUAUACUUCAUGUUUCACUGCAGAACCGUACUACCUGAUUUUCAUCAUAUUGUAUUUCCAUCAGUGUGAUCUCUGUCACCAGACUCAACUCAAUAAAUGGCUUAUUUAGUGGA